AUGGACAACGUCGCGGAGAAUGAGAUGCUCGUCGAUGAAUACGAGCAGUAUCACAAUGACCGAACGGACGAUGUGGUCGUCUCUCGUUCCGGGUCGGACGAACCCGAUCAAGAACCUCGUGCCGAUGACUAUGCGGCGAUGAUGGCACGAGUCCUCCCUAAAGAUCCCGAUCUCGAGACCGAAGACGAGGCGCAUCAUACUUGGCACAUUCAGGAUUGGCGGAAAUUGAAGAAGAAGGAACAUGGUCCGGUUUUCGAAUGUGCAGGAUUCCCUUGGCGAAUUCUGUUCUUCCCGUAUGGAAACCACGUCGAGCACGCAUCGUUCUACCUGGAGCACGCCUGGGAAAAGGAUCCUCCCGAGAACUGGUAUGCCUGCGUCCAAUUUUCCUUGGUCUUGUGGAACGUGAAUGAUCCAUCAAUCAAGGUUUCUCAUGUCGCCACCCAUCGAUUCAACUCCGACGAGGGCGAUUGGGGUUUCACCAGGUUUUGCGAGUUGCGGAGACUGUUCACUGCUCCCUUCGAAGGUCAUGGGGCGCCUUUGGUCCAGAAUGAAGAAGCCAUGGUCACCGCCUAUGUUCGCGUCGUCAAGGAUCCCACGGGCGUACUGUGGCACAGCUUUCAGAACUACGAUUCGAAGAAGGAGACCGGUAUGGUCGGACUUAAGAACCAGGGUGCCACUUGCUACCUCAACUCCCUUCUCCAGUCCCUGUACUUUACCAAUUCCUUCCGGAAGGCGGUUUACCAGAUUCCGACGGAGGCCGAAGCUUCAAGAGACAACAGCGCUUGGACUCUUCAGCGACUUUUCUACAACCUCCAGACAAGCGAAAGCUCCGUAUCCACCACCGAACUGACCGCAUCCUUCGGUUGGGAGUCGAGGCAGAUCUUUGAGCAGCAGGAUGUCCAGGAACUCUCACGAAAGCUCAUGGAACGACUGGAAGAGAAAAUGAAAGGCACACCAGCAGAGAAAGCCCUCCCUGAACUUUUCGUCGGAAAAACAAAAACCUAUAUCUCCUGUAUAAACGUCGACUACGAAUCAUCGCGCGUGGAAGAUUUCUGGGACAUCCAGCUGAAUGUGCGAGGAAACAAGACCCUUGACGACAGUUUCAAGGAUUACAUCCAGGUGGAAACUCUCGAGGGUGAGAACAAAUACGACGCCGGCCAGCCGUACGGCCUGCAAGAUGCGAAAAAAGGUGUCAUCUUCGAGAGCUUCCCUCCCGUCCUGCACCUCCACCUCAAGCGAUUUGAGUACGACAUUAACCGUGAUGCCAUGAUGAAGAUUAACGACCGACACGCCUUCCCGAUGGAAUUUGAUGCCACUCCUUACCUCUCCAACGACGCCGAUAAGUCGGAACCCUGGAUUUACCAACUGCACGGUGUUUUGGUGCACAGUGGCGAUCUGAACGCCGGCCACUACUAUGCAUUCUUGAAGCCCACCAAGGACGGACACUGGUACCGCUUUGACGAUGACAGGGUUACUCGGGCUACGGACAAGGAGGUUCUUGAGGAGAACUACGGUGGUGAAUAUGAACUGACUAACGGCGCUCCUGGUGUUCGGCAACCAUACACCCGCGGCUUGUCUACCAAGCGCUCGAUGAAUGCGUACAUGUUGGUGUAUGUCCGGAAAACGCGAUUGGAUGAUGUGCUUCUGCCGAUCACCACAGAGGAAAUUCCGUCUCAUAUUGAAUCACGAUUGAUCGAGGAGCGCGCAGACAUGGCACGCAAGAGGAAGGAAAGAGAAGAAGCUCACUUGUAUAUCAACGUCGGAGUCUUGGCAGAGGAAUGCUUCCAGGCUCACCACGGCUUCGAUCUGACCAGUAAUGAUUUACCUACUGACGACCCAGCGCUGCCAGCGAAUUACCGUAUCCUCCGAGCUAAGAAGGUCGGCGAGUUUGCUACGGAGCUUGCAGCUGAGAGAGGUCUUGAUGCUAGUCGAAUUCGAUUCUGGGUUAUGGUCAAUCGCCAAAACAAGACUACUCGUCCGGAUCAAGUCAUCAAGGACCCUGAAAUGUCAGUCGAAGAGGCCUAUAGUCGGUUCGGUACGAAAGGCAACGCCUUCAAACUCUGGAUGGAGGUCGGCCAGCCUUCUUCGGAUGGCACCAUGACGUGGCCAGACAGCAACAACACGGUGCUCAUCUUCUUGAAGCACUUCGAUGUUCCGUCGCAGACACUGACUGGUCUCUGCUCCGUCUAUGUGCGCAGGUCGCAGAAGGUGGCGGAAUUGGCGCCUAUCAUCCUGGAAAAGAUGAAUUGGCCCGCCGGCACAGAAUUCAUGCUGUUUGAAGAGAUUAAACACAAUAUGAUCGAUGUCAUGAAGCCCAAGCAGACAUUCCAGCAGUCCGAGAUCCAAGAUGGUGAUAUUAUAACCUUCCAACGAACCCUGAAAGAGUCCGAGCUACCCUCGUCUGCCUUAUACACCGACGCCAGGCAAUACUAUGACUAUCUUCUCAACCGGAUCAGCAUCACUUUCGCGCCCAUCAAGGCAGGAGAUGGCGAUGAGUUCGUACUGACCCUUAGCCGCAAAAUGACUUAUGAUCAGUUUUCCAAGAAGGUCGGCGAGCAUUUGGGCGUGGAAUCUACGCACCUGCGUUUUGCGCCCGUCCUCGCCAGCUCUGGCAAACCCAAGUCAUUUAUCAAGCGGAAUUCGAACCAAGCCAAUCAAACCUUGUACCAGAUCCUCAGUGGGCAGAUCACCGGCUACGGAUACACAAUGCAUCGCCAAGAUGCCCUGUAUUAUGAAGUUUUGGAGACUAGCUUGAGUGACUUCGAGUCUAAGGCCAGUCUGAAAGUGACGUGGCUUCCGGAGGGUAUCACAAAAGAGCAAGUAUAUGAGGUUCUGGUACCUCGAGACGGGACCAUGUCAGAUCUCCUGGCCGGACUGCAGAAGAAGGCCGGGUUCAACGACGAAACUAUGCAUGAUGCCCGUGUCUACGAGACGCACGGCGGUAAGAUUUACCGAGAGUUCCAAGGCGACUCGAAGAUUGCCGGUAUCAACGAAUACGUUGCUCUCUACGCCGAACGGACCCCAGAAGACGAACUCAACCUAGAGGAGGGUGACCGGACAAUCAAUGCGUUCAACUUCGACCGCGAGCCGAGCCGGCCUCACGGCGUUCCUUUCAAAUUUGUGGUCAAACCAGGUGAAAUUUUCAAGGAAACAAAGGAACGACUUUCCAAGCGAACUGGCAUCAAGGGCAAGCAGUUUGAGAAGAUCAAGAUUGCCGUCGUUCCUCGAUCGUUGUACACCAACCCACGAUAUCUUGAAGAUGAUGACAUACUCUCUGACAUCGUCGGUGAUUCCGACGACCUUCUUGGUCUCGACCAUGUAAAUAAGAAUCGGAGCUUUUGGAACCGAAGCGAAUCAUUUUUCAUCCGAUAG